GAUUGUCUCCUCCUUGACGACUGCACUUCGCUAUUGUUAUCAUGUCGCCUUGCAACUAGACGUAGCCUUCCUCUGACCCGUACAGCCUGCUACGCUCCAUACCCGCGCUCACCGAUCGACCCUGACGAGCCUGUGCCAGCCACUCAACGCUUCGUCCUUCUCCCCACGUCUCGACCGACUUCGACUUUGAUGAUGGCGAUCGAGCCUCAAUCCCGAAUUUGAGAAGCUUCGCCGGCGAUAUUUCUCUUCCACCAUCCGCUACAAGUUCCACACCAGACGUGCGCCGUCUUCCUACUUGGCCCUUUGAGGCGUCCCAACACUCCUUAACCCCUCCCCUGGCCGCCACACUGCUCGACAGCAACACUUUCCCAACAUGGAACGACUGAAGGGAACAUGGGCAUGGGUCAAAGACCGUUUGCCAAAUCCAAUGAAACGCGGCAAACCACACUUCAACUUCAUUACUACCCACUACACAUACAUGCUUGGCUUGACCAUACUGGGCUCAAUCAUGAUAUAUCCUGCCGGCGUAACACCCUAUAUCGAUGCUCUCUUCUUUGCUGCAGGCGCAGCGACCCAGAGUGGCCUCAAUACUAUUGAUGUCAACAAAAUGCACACCUACCAACAGGUUGUGCUUUACUUCAUUGCUUGCAUCGCAAACCCCAUCUUCAUCAACACCUGUGUUGUUUUCAUUCGUCUGUACUGGUUUGAACAACGUUUCGACCAUAUUGUCAAGGAAGCUCGCAGCAACCGCCGCACUCGAACAAGAUCACGAACUGUCAGCGAAUCCAGACCAGAUGCGGACCCAGGACGUGUUGAAAUGGGAGUCAAUGGCCGCAAAAUUACCGUGUUACAUCACACCACAAAGCCAAAUGGUAUGAGUGCUAGAAGCGCCAAUGCUAAAGUGAACGGCAUGAACGAGAAGGAGCGAAUCGAGCAUCUUUCUGGGAGCGUCGCCGACCCGUUCGGGAGCACUUCAGAGAGUGGUGAAUCAAGCGAGAAAAGAGAGACCGAGCCUACCGAGGACGCAAGAGACAUCUCUGAUACCGACGAGAAUGUUGCUCCGGAUGUGAUACUGACUCAAGAAGAAAGCGAAGAAGAUGAAGAGGAAGACCAGAGAGAGAAGGAACCGGAAGAGAAGCCUGCUGAUCAGACAUGGCUUGGACGUAACCCCUCUCUGAAGCGAGAGAUCACCUUUGCGGACCAAGUCAAGCCAUCUGCGCAUCGAAGACAAGCCUCGAAUCUCCAAUCUGUACCGGAAAGACCUAAGCCGGUGCGCUUGGAAACGGAGCAUCAUAUUGCAUUUCUGGAGAGACAGAGAAACAUCAAGGAUCAAGGCACCCUACGAAUUCCCAAUCCUAGGGAAUUUGACCGUGGCGACAAGCCUCAUGAAGUUGAAUCUGACGAAGAAGGUGAUGCUUUGAACCGCCAAAUGACAAGGAACACGCUGCCAUCUUCGCCCCGUAUGCGCGCGCGAACGUUUUCGGAUGCCCCAUCAGCCGAAAUAAACGGAGACGAUCAUCCAGUCAGAAGAGGCAUCAUCAUUGAUGAGCCUGAGCGCCCUCAACGCGACCGUCAGCAAUCUCAAUCUUCAGAUACUGGCCGCUCGCCACGCUUCAACAUUUUUGGGACCCUUCGCAACUUCAGAAGUAGACAACACGGAGAAAGCACUACAUUUGGUCGGUCUUUGAGCGGAUUCACCAACAGGACCUUUAGUUUCACCAAAAGUCAAGACAGAGACAUGGCAGAUCCAAUGCCAUAUCUGAGUUGGCAACCGACUAUUGGACGUAACUCUCAGUUCGUGGACCUUAGCGAGGCACAGCGCGAAGAGUUGGGAGGUAUCGAAUACAGAGCACUCAAGACCCUGGCUUUGGUUCUCGUGUGUUAUUUCAUUGGCUUUCAUCUUCUCGGUGUUAUCGUUUUUGUUCCUUGGAUUCUGGAAAGCCGCAAAUACGGCGAGGUUGUCACUUCAAUCGGUCAGAACAGAACGUGGUGGGGUAUAUUCACACCUGCCUCCAUGUUCAACGAUCUUGGCUUCACCCUGACUCCGGACAGCAUGAUCUCGUUUCAAUCAGCUGUCAUGCCUCUACUGUUUGGCUCUUUUCUGAUCAUCAUUGGCAACACUGGAUUCCCGUGCAUGCUUAGAUUCGUCAUUUGGCUGUCUUCGAAACUAGUUCCCCGUGGCAGUGGAAUCUGGGAGGAGCUGCGCUUCUUGUUAGACCAUCCUCGCCGCUGUUUCACCCUUCUGUUUCCCUCCAAGGCCAAUUGGUGGCUUUUCGCCGUCCUUGUGGCCCUUAAUGGUGUCGAUCUGAUCUUUUUUAUUAUUCUGGAUCUCAACGACGAAACCGUCACUUCACUAUCCCCAGGAUUCAGAGUUCUCAAUGGCUGGUUCCAGGCUGCUUCUACGCGAACGGCUGGAUUCGCUUCCGUCAACCUUGCAGACCUGCAUCCAGCCAUUCAAGUCUCAUACCUGAUUAUGAUGUAUAUUUCCGUCUUUCCAGUUGCCAUCUCGGUUCGCCGAACCAAUGUAUACGAAGAAAAAUCUCUUGGUAUAUUUGCCGGUGAAGAAGAAGACGAUGAAGAGAAUCGCAGCUAUGUCGGUCAGCAUUUGCGCAGACAGUUGAGUUUCGAUUUGUGGUAUAUUUUCUUAGGAUUCUUCAUCAUCACCAUCGUUGAAGGCCAUCGUCUGGAAGACACCAACGCCUACGCCUUCACCAUGUUCUCUGUCCUUUUCGAGAUCGUGUCGGCUUAUGGUACCGUUGGUCUUUCUCUUGGUUAUCCAACCAUCAAUGCCUCUUUCAGUGCUGAGUUUGCGACGUUGAGUAAACUUAUCAUCAUAGCAAUGAUGAUUCGUGGAAGGCAUCGUGGUCUACCAUAUGCCUUGGACCGCGCCAUCUUGUUGCCCUCAGAAAAUCUUAACAAGAAUGAAGAAGAGGGAGCGACAGUGGCUCGCGAAGACUCUGAUGAGGCUCGUCCUUAUUCACGAUCUUCCUCCAACAGAGACAGCAAUGUGCCUCCUGAGGCCAGCGGAGCCUCUAUGGACUUCAGCCCUACAGGACUUAGACACAUGCGCCGUGGCAGUCAGGUCAGCACCAGGUCCGCUGGAACCAGAACUCAACCUCCCACGAGACGCAUGUCCAAGAUCAUCAUGAGUGGUUUGAGUGCUGGUCCUACCAUGGGAAGAAAGUACGAUUGAGAGGUGUAAAUUUUGUACAGUGUUUAGAUAAGUCAAUUAGCCUGGCGUUGGGACUGGUGGUUAUGUGGUUAUUUCGAUUCGUUUCAAUCAAGGAUAGACAGCCAACUUGAGCAAUUCAACACCCUUUCUCGA